AUGGCGCCUGCAGUCAUCACCGAAGACUACUAUCUUGUCCUAAAGGUCGACCAAUCAGCAACCACAGAGACGAUCACCAAGUCGUACAGGCAGCUAGCCCUCCUGCUUCACCCGGACAGGAAUAAAAAGCACGACGCUACGGAAGCAUUUCAGCUGCUAGGAGAAGCGUAUGAAACACUCAAAGACGUGAACAAACGCCGAGCCUACGAUGGCCUUUACCCUCAAAUCAAAUCCAAACCAACGACACGAGCGGCAAAUGCUACUCCUAAGGCGCCUGGCACAUCGAAGACGAAGCCAAAACAGGAUGAAGAAGACAUCAGCACAGAAAUUACCGGCAUUGCGGCGAUAAACAAAGCGAGAGCCGAGCGCGCGGCCACAUGGGUGAAAAGCAGGAAGGUGCACGACGAUGCUAUCUUCGAGCUAAAGCGAGAGAUUCGGAAGCUGCAGGCUGCAAUACGGGAGCUUGAGGAAAAUGAGAAAGCGGAGAGGGAUGAAGAGGCGGCGAAGAAUAGUUGGACACGGUGGAUGCUGAAUCCGAUUUAUGGGAAGCCAGCUGAGACGGAAGAGGAGAAGGAGAAGAAGGGCAAGGUGAGGAUUGAUAGGAUGCAUAGUAUACGCUUUAAGGAGCGAGAGCUGGGGAGAAAGGACGAAGACUUAAGGGUUUGGGAGGAGCGGUUGAGGGUCAAAGAAAGAGAAAAGGAGGUUGGGGAUCAGAAAGAUGAUGCUGCUAGAAGUGUACUUGAGGAGGUUGUACUUCGGAAGAAAGAGAGAGCGAGGCGGGAGAAGGAAAGGAUAGAGAAAGAGGCCAGGGAGAAGGCCCAGAGGGAAAGAAUGGAGAAGGAGAGAGUUGAGAGAGAAGCAAGGACCAGAGCUUGGAAGGAGCAAUUGGAAAGAGAGAGAAUUGAGAGAGAAGCAAGGGAGAAAGCCCGGAGCGAGCAGCAAGCGAAAUAUUGGAGAGAAUGGCAUGAACGAGAGGCAGAAGCCAAACAACGGCAAAAGGAGGUUGAUGAGGCAGCAAGAAUCGCACUGGAGAAAGAACUAGAGAAAGCUCGUAUCAAGCAAGAGGAAGAGCGAAGAAGGCGUUUCAGCGGGUAUAAUAACAACCCAUGGGCACAAGCAGAACCAGCAAGGUCGUCCGGCGGGUCACGACACAAAACGCGAUCCGGUGCCACGAUUUCUCCCUGCCUUCACGAGGGCUGGUGGGACAAGAUCGAGGGCCGAUCGACUUGUGAUAGUGUGCAGUUUCUCGUUACAGCUACUUGCUGCAAUGCCCAGGGUGCAAGAUGA